GCGAACGGCGUGCACGGGAUCCGGAACCUGGGCUUGAACCUGCGGAUUCUCGACGAGCGCAACACGGGCGCGCUGCCGGUGAAGGAGGUUUUGUACGCGCUCGAGGACGCGGGGUCGCGGAUGACGCCGGAUGAGAAGAACCUCGUCGCGAAGUAUUUCGACCUCGAGCAGAGCGGUUUCGUCGACGUUCGCGCGCUCAUGCGCGGGAUUCGCGGGAAGAUGACCGCGAAGAGGAUGGACCUCGUGAACCAGGCGUGGAGCACGCGCAUCGCGACGAACGGCGAGCGCGAAGUCCCCGUCUCCGUCGUCCAACAGAAGAUCGACCCGACGAUGAAUCCGGACGUCUUCAGCGGGAAGAAGACGUUUCAACAGGUGGUAAACGAGGUCCCGGACCACUGGGACCGGAACUCCGACGAGAUGGUCUCGCACGGCGAGUUCAUGGAGUACUACCGCGACAUCUCCGCGGGGUUGCCCGACGACGAGCACUUCGAGAUGGUGAUCCGGAACAGCUGGCAUCUC